AUGCCCCGACACGUCCUGGUAGACGACUCGGACUCGGACUCGGACGAGCCCAUCGCCCUCGACUCGCCUCCAGUAUCGUUGAGGCGUACCCGAUCGGCCUCGUCGCAGCCGCUGUCUGGGCGAGCUGGACCCUCACGCUCAUCGAAACGGCGCGUCAAGAAACAGAAGACGCCAGACGAGGAUGAUGAGGUCGUGUUCGUGCGAGAGGAAAAGGUCCGCCAACUCACUAGCCGCUUCGCAUUCGCCGGAGCGCGGCCGUUACGGAAAACCACCUCGACCGCAUCGAGCGCCUCGGUCCCAACCGCUUCGCUAGGCUCCACUUCGUCGGCGUCCACUACCAUCGCGACGCCCUUCCUAUCGUCCACACCGCGUCAACCCCUUCCCGUCCCAGAGUGGCUACCCAAGACCGCGAUACUGAAAGAGCUACCCAAAUGCGUGCUCUGUCAACGCGACUUCAAAAAGGCCGAGAGCGGCGCUGCGCGCUGGCGACACGUCUCGACCUGUCUCCCACCUGCGUUCCGCCCACCAAACCUUCCGCCAGAUCUCGAGGUGCUCAUCUCCACAGCCCUCGAAGGACCAGUGCAGGAGUUGACCCUCUUGCGUCGCCGUACGAAUGCCGCGGCGGCCGCGGACGACCUCCUGAGCUCCUUCCCCGACCUCGUGCCCAAGCCGAAGCGUGUACUACGGAACACCACUGUCCGCGCGAGCUACUCUCGCGAAGGGUGGAGCGACGAGGUGGAUCUCCGUGUCGUGGAGGUCGUCGGCGUCAGUCCAAUGCGUCAGUCUCGCUAUCUCUCGCGCAGCGUCACCCCAGACCCCGAAGCGACCCAGCUGUCCCCGGCACACUCGCUCUCCUCGUCACCCCUCCUCUCGACACAGCCGCUCGGCGAGUCGUCGCUCUCAACUGAGUACUCGCGUCCACCUCGUACCCGUUCCGCAAUGUCAAACCUCCUCCCACAAGCACCUCCGCUCAUCGGUCUCUCCCAGGCCAUGCGCUACUCUUUCGCAGAGGAGGAAGCCACCCAAACUCAGCGCGCACACAUCGCGCUCUCCCAAUACACCUCGGAAGUGGGACUGGAGGCAGGCGAUGGUUUCCACUUUUCGUCCCAGCGGCCUUGCGAGGCUUCCUCAUCUCCUCCACAGACGCCCCCAGCCCGUCGUACAUUCCAAGGAGGAGGGUACUCUCAGCCCUUUCGCCAUGGGGUCGGCCCGCAGCCCGCAGGGAGCCGGCCCCGUCACACCGCGGGGGGACUCGACCCGGAGCGCCGCCGGCGACUCGCAGAGGCUGUCGAGGCUGGCGUCGAAGAGGCGAGGCAGCGGCGGCGCGAGGCCAUCGCCGCCGCGAUCGGACAGCGAUAA